CUUCGCACUCUUUUAUAAAGAGGAAAAGAAAAUAAAUACAUUCUAUCGCUAAAUUACUCGUCGUUAUCACCGUCUCUAUCAACAGCUACACGAAACUAAAGUUUCUCAAUGUCGAAGAAGCGAGGACUUUCGUUGGAUGAGAAACGCGAGAAAAUUCUUCAGAUCUUUUACGAUUCUCAGGACUUUUUCCUUCUUAAGGAGCUUGAGAAGUUGGGUCCGAAGAAAGGUGUAAUUAGCCAGUCUGUUAAAGAUGUUGUUCAGACUUUAGUUGAUGAUGAUCUUGCCUCAAAAGACAAAAUUGGAACUUCAGUAUAUUUCUGGAGCCUUCCUAGCUGUGCUGGAAACCAGAUGAGGAAUGUAUAUCGCAAACUUGAGUCUGAUCUGCAAAGCAGCAAAAAACGGUAUGCAGAACUUGUUGAACAGUGUGAGGAGAUGAAAAAGGGACGUGAAGAAUCUGAUGAACGGGAGGAAGCAUUGGCUGAGUUAAAAGCAAUUCAAUCAAAACAUACCGAGCUAAAGGAGGAAAUGGGACAAUAUGCAGAUAAUGAUCCAGCUGCCGUUGAAGCAAUGAAGCAAGCUAUUGAAGUCGCACAUGCAGCAGCUAAUAGAUGGACAGAUAACAUCUUCACAUUGCGGCAAUGGUGUUCAAACAAUUUCCCUCAGGCUAAAGAGCAGCUUGAAAGUUUGUACAAUGAGAUGGGAAUAACAGAAGAUUUUGACUAUUUGGAGCCUCUAUCAAACAUUCCACUCAACUCUGUUGACAAUCAGAUACAGGAAUGAGAAAAUCUUCAUAUAUUUUAGGCUCCGUGAUAAUAGAUCUAGACCAGUCUCUUUUCUUCUUCAUUCUCAACAGGAAUGCAUCAACAAAACUGCUCUCCCAUAUUGAUCAUUGUGGCAUGAACUUUGUCAAUAGCCCUUACGUUAUGUUUUUUCUCUCAAACAAUUAGUCAAACGUUCACUCCUUCACGCACUCCUACUGUUUGAAAUUAUGAAGGACUCCUACUGUUUGAAAUUAUGAAGUUGCAGCAUUCUUAUUAGCA